GGGCGCCUCUUCCGGUUACUUUAUCCUCACAGAGACAAGAUGGCGGCAACAGCAGCGAUGGUUCCGAUCUUCGGGCAGCAAAUUUCCUCCAAAAACGACCUGGUACCGGACUGGACCAGCCAGGAAGUCAGCACCGGGGUGAGUACUAGAGCCUCGUGGACCGGGGCGGACAGAAUGGAGCCGGUUCGGCCUCUGUGGGGAGUUUUUAAAAGUGUAACAGCAGCUGAAUGAGACAGCACUUCUGAGGAGGAGGAGGCGAACUGAAGCUCCGAACAGAACCGAACUGGACCCGGACCUGAUGGAGAGUUUAAUAGGAGAGCUGAAUCACUAAUGUAGUUUAAUGAGGAGCUAACUUUAGUAAUAUUUACAAGUUUAUGAUCAAAGACUGUGUCCGAUAAUGGGCUCUGUGUGAUAACAUGAUUGUAAACGGCAGAGGACGAAGGUUCACAGAUGUUGAAUUAGAACUAAUCUGUCGGACCCGGGUUCCCUGGGACCGAGGGGGAUCAUCAGUCUGAAGGUGGUCUGAGUGGGUUUUCAGGCUGCUCUUAUAACUGUCUUUAUUGACCCGGUCCAAGACCAGUCAGAGACCAGAACCAACAUGUUUACAUACCUGGGUAUUAUCUCUCUGUUUUUGUUUUUUUUUAACUUAUUUUUACUAAUUUUACCUUUUUAUCGCUUUUAUUUUUAUUAAAUGUAUCUCUUUUAUUAAAUUUAUUUAUCUAUUUAUCUCUUUAUUUUUACUGAAUUUAUCUAUUUAUCUGUAUUUUUUCUAUAUUUUUAAAAAUUUCUCUUUAUUUCUUCUUAAUUUUUUUUAAGAUUUCUCUAUUUAUUCUUAUUUUUUUUAUUUCCCUAUUUUUACUCAAUUUAUCUAUUUUUUCUUAAUUUUAAAAAAAUUAUCUCUAUUUUUUCUUUUUGUCUCUUUAUUUUUUCUUAAUUUUUUUUUACAUUUUCUCUCUAUUUUUACUCAUUUUAUCUUUUUGUCUCUUUAUUUUUUCUUAUUUUAUCUCUUUAUUUUAUUCUACCUGGUUCUGAAACCACAGAGUGAACAGGCUGAGGGGAAACAGAACCUUUCUCCACAGGAAAUGACCUGUGAUGGUCUGUGGAGUCACUUUAGAUGUUGAGAAUGGAUGUUUUGACCAAUCAGAAUGAAGUAUGAAAUGGUCUGGUGAGAGGUUAUUAAUGAAAUAUCAUCACAUCCUCAGAAAGAGCAAACACUGACCGUGAUCCAUGACUCUUUUCUAAACGACACGAUAGAAGGAGGUUUAACCUCAUUUCUAACUCUUGAGUCAGCUCUUGUCGUGUCUCCAAAUAACCCGUCCCUCUGUCCAUCAGACCACCAUCAUGGCGGUGGAGUACGACGGUGGAGUCGUGAUUGGUGCUGACUCUCGCACCACCACAGGGUGAGUAAGAGACUGCAGGUGUUCUUCAGGUGGUCAUUUUAAAGUCCACCUUUGUAUAAAUCUCUCUCUCUCUCUCUCUCUCUCUCUCUCUCUCUCUCUCCCUCAGAGCGUACAUCGCCAACAGAGUAACGGACAAACUGACUCCGAUCCACGACAGGAUCUUCUGCUGCAGGUCACUCUCCCUCCUGACAUGUUCUGAUAACUCUCUCAUGUUUUCUUCUCUCCGAGAAUCUCGAUAAAAACUUCUUUGUGAACUUUUAAAAGAGCCAAAACCAGCGUGACCCUGUGAACAGGAACUGUUCAGACCACAUUCACUUCAGGGUUCUGGAAGUCUCCUAAAGAGACAGGAACCUUCUAGAACCCUGAUCUGAGAACCUGUUAAUGAAGCGCGGGUCACUGAGGUUCUGGUUCUGAUGUGUUGCAGGUCCGGAUCAGCUGCUGACACUCAGGCGAUUGCUGAUGUGGUCACCUACCAGCUGGGCUUCCACAGGUAACACACACACACACACACACACACACACAGAGUUUGAUUGACAGCCUCAGGAUCCAGUCAGGUGUGGUGGUUUUGUCUUACCUGUGUGUGGCUCCGCCCCCUCAGCAUCGAGCUGGACGAGCCCCCGCUGGUGGAGACGGCGGCCAACCUGUUCAAAGCGAGCUGUUACCGGUACAGAGAGGAGCUGACCGCCGGGAUCCUGGUGGCCGGCUGGGACCGCAGGAAGGGAGGACAGGUGAGGCGCUUACCUGAGGGUGUACCUGUACAGGUGAGGGAAACAAUCAGCUGACCUGUGUGUGUGUGUGUGUGUGUGUCAGGUGUACUGCGUUCCCAUCGGGGGGAUGUUGGUGAGGCAGCCCGUGUCGGUGGGAGGCAGCGGCAGCACCUACAUCUACGGCUUCAUGGACUCCAACUACAAACCAGGACUGAACAAAGAGCAGUGUCUGGAGCUGACUGCUGCAGGUACGCCGCAAGGCAUGCUGGGAGAUGUAGUCCACCGCAGGGCUGCUGCUUGUAAUGCACAAAAACUACAAACUGUGUCUUAAUCCUGAAACUCAUUAUCUCACCUGUCUGUCUGUGUCUCACCUGUCUGUGUCUCACCUGUCUGUGUCUCACCUGUCCGUGUCUCACCUGUCUGUCUGUGUCUCACCUGUCUGUGUCUCACCUGUCUGUCCGUGUCUCAGCUCUGUCUCUGGCGAUGGAGAGGGACGGAUCCAGCGGGGGCGUGAUCAGACUGGCGAGCAUCUCUGAAGAUGGCGUGGAGAGGCGGGUCAUUCUGGGAAACCAGCUGCCAAAGUUUUCUACACACUAAACACAGAAAUACACACACAUUACACACACACACGUUACACACAGACGCACACACAGACAGACAGUGUGUGUGUUCCCAUGUUUAAUUGUGUUAAUAAAAGUUUCACUCUGUCAUGGUGGCCCUGUUCUUAAAA